AUGGCUAAGAAGGAGAGACCUAGACCGGAAAAGUUGUCUGUUUAUCUUUACAUACCUAAUAUCGUUGGGUAUAUGAGAGUUCUCUUGAACUGUGUUGCCUUUGCUGUGUGUUUCUCCAACAAGACUCUUUUCUCGCUGCUCUAUUUCUUCAGCUUUUGUUGUGAUGCUGUGGAUGGCUGGUGUGCUCGUAGAUUCAACCAAGUUUCAACAUUUGGAGCUGUUCUUGACAUGGUGACAGAUAGAGUUAGCACGGCUUGUCUACUCGUGAUUCUCUCUCAAGUCUACAGGCCUAGCUUGGUCUUCCUUUCUUUGCUGGCUUUAGAUAUUGCUAGUCACUGGCUGCAGAUGUACAGUACGUUUCUAGCAGGAAAAAGCAGCCAUAAGGAUGUGAAAGACAGCACGAGCUGGCUUUUUAGACUCUACUACGGAAACCGGAUAUUUAUGUGUUACUGCUGUGUUUCUUGCGAGGUUCUGUAUAUCAUCCUUCUUCUCAUUGCAAAGAACCAAACCGAGAAUCUCCUCAACGUCGUAGUUGCCACUUUAACGCAGAUUUCACCACUCUCGUUUCUUCUAGCUUUGACAUUGUUCGGUUGGUCGAUGAAACAGACCAUCAAUAUCAUUCAGAUGAAAACAGCUGCAGAUGUUUGUGUACUGUAUGAUAUAGAGAAGCAGCAGAAGCCUUGA